GGGCGGGGCGGGAAGGGGCGGGGCCUGCCCUGCCUCGCGAGCUGUGCAAGCCGCACCCGGACUGAGCUGCGCAGCUUGGGUGUGCACCUAGCGUGUGAAGGUGAUCCAGCUCCAACAUGGCCGUCCUCUCAAAGGAGUAUGGAUUCGUGCUUCUCACGGGUGCCGCCAGCUUUGUCAUGGUGCUCCAUCUCGCCAUCAAUGUUAACAAGGCCCGCAAGAAGUACAAGGUGGAGUAUCCUGUCAUGUACAGCACAGAUCCUGAGAAUGGGCACCUCUUCAACUGCAUUCAGCGAGCCCACCAGAACACGUUGGAAGUGUACCCUCCCUUCCUGUUUUUCCUAGCUGCUGGAGGAGUGUACCACCCGCGUAUAGCUUCUGGCUUAGGCCUGGCCUGGAUUGUUGGACGAGUUCUCUACGCGUAUGGCUACUACACAGGCGAUCCCAGCAAGCGGUAUCGAGGAGCCGUGGGGUCCAUCGCCCUCUUCGCUUUGAUGGGCACAACGGUGUGCUCUGCUUUCCAGCACCUUGGCUGGGUUAAAUCGAGCCUGGGCUAUGGGCCCAGGAGCUGCCACUGAAGAAUUAGACAGGUUUCAAAACUCUCAUUCAUCUUGAAUGACUUACCUUUAUUUCCAGUUAACAUUUUUUUUUUUCUAAAUAUAAUAAAAACUUACCUGGCAUCAGCCUCAUACCUAA